ACGUCAUUGAUAAUUUUGAAGUAUUUAUAAAAGCCGUGUCAAAAUGACUAAAGAAAAACUAAAAGAAAAUAAAAAUAAUAAAUAUACAAUUUUACUUCCAACUUACAAUGAACGAGAAAAUUUACCAAUUAUUAUUUGGUUAAUUGUAAAAUAUAUGGAUGAAAGUAAUUUUGAUUAUGAAAUCAUUAUUAUUGACGAUGGGAGUCCGGAUGGUACAUUAGAAAUUGCUAAAAAAUUACAAAGUUUAUAUGGAGAGCAGAAGAUUUUACUUAGACCUCGAGAAAAAAAAUUAGGUCUUGGUACCGCUUACAUUCACGGUAUUAAACAUGCAACGGGAAAUUUUAUUGUGAUUAUGGAUGCUGAUUUAAGUCAUCAUCCAAAAUUUAUACCAGAAUUUAUAAAAAAACAAAAGACUGGCGAUUAUGAUAUUGUAACUGGUUCACGUUACAUUGGAGAUGGUGGUGUAUAUGGAUGGGAUUUUAAACGAAAAUUAGUAUCACGCGGUGCUAAUUUUUUAACACAAACAUUGUUACGACCAGGUGUAUCGGAUUUAACAGGAUCAUUUCGAUUAUAUAAAAAAGAUGUUUUAGAAACAUUAAUUCAGAGUUGCGUUAGUAAAGGAUAUGUUUUUCAAAUGGAAAUGUGUAUUCGUGCACGCCAACAUAAUUUUAGCAUUGCAGAAGUACCAAUCUCUUUUGUGGAUCGUGUAUAUGGUGAAUCAAAAUUAGGUGGAUCAGAAAUAUUUCAAUUUGCCAAAGCUUUGUUAUACUUAUUUGCAACAACGUAAAACGUUAUAAUUUUUCUUUCAAAAUUUUGCUGCUUUUAAAAAUUGAAACAUUCCUGGAAGAUUUCAAUAUUUUUUU